AUGACAUGUAGGCGCCAGUUGAGCGGAGUAGAGAAUAUUUUCGUUUGGUCUGGCCUAUAUUUUCCACCGCAACUUAUUUUCACAGCAUAUUUUGCCUCCCUGCCACUCCGAGCAGCUGCCCAUUCCAACCCCCAGCUGCCACCCCGCCGAGUUGCUGUUGCGCAGCCUCCUUCCCCUCCUCCCCACCCCCUGUUGCCAUCUCCAACCCAAUCUUUCCUCUCUCACCGGUCUGCCCGACGGAUUCCAAAAGGGAUCCCUCAUUCGGGGGAAAAGCUGUUCGCCGCGGCUCCCAAUCUCAUCCAUUUCUUGUCUGUUCCAGGAAUUUUGGGAAAUUUUGUGUCUUUAAAGGCAAUCCAGGGUCUGGUCCUGAGCUGUCGGGGCUCCAUGUCUAAGUGGGAACCUGUCACAUUUGAGGAAUCUCUUAGCUUUGUUAAGCGAGUAAAGGCUCGUGACUACUUGUUAUACCUGUCACUGCUCAAUGUGCUCACCCGGAGUGACCAGAUCCCUUUGGAAGCUUACAACGAGCUUUUGCUUCUUUUCCGGGACCACGGCGACCUGCUAGAGGAGCUAGGGAAGUUCAGGCCCCUCCCAAAUUUCCCAAGCACUGUGUACAGACACAGCUCAAUUUGGAUGUUCAUAUUCCUGAUGCCCUUUCUGCUCCUGAGCCUUCUCCUCGCGUUUGAGAAGCCUUUGGAUAGAUUCCUUCUCCGACAACCCGUCGCGAGCUGAAGAUGUGCAUUACGAUGAAAUGACCAAACACGGAAUGCAUGAUUGGACUGAUGGUGUCUCGUGAUAUCCCCGUUGAAGCCGUUGCCUUGUUGGUGGCGGAUAGUAUCUCUGAAUCUCUGGAAGGACAGGCUAAACCGAUUGUGUGGGCUUGUUCAAGCUUCAGUGUGCAAUUGACAAACUAAAUGAAAGAAUUUUUUCUACAUGCAACAUUUUGCAAAGUGAAACUGGUCCUAUAUAUAUGAGUAACAGGGAAAUUGUGUAAAGCCACUUUAAACGAGCAA